AAUUGCACAAUAAUGAAGGUAAAUAUUGACUGAGCAUAGGUCACGUCACUAUGCAUUGCUUUGAAAAGCUCCAGCUAAACGACGGCAAGUAUUUUACUUUUCACAGGUUGUUUCGAGAUCAACUAGAACAAUGAGGAUCCUAUUAGUGGUUUUAUGGAUGAGUGUGGAGGUUCAGUCUAAAAGCCUGAUGUUCCAGCCUCUAGACUGUGCAGACAUUUAUAAUGACAGUUCUUGGACAAAUGGAGUAUACAUGAUCUACCCUGCUGGACCCAACUCUGGUCGCUAUGUGUACUGUGACAUGUACACUGAAGGAGGAAAAUGGACUGUGUUUCAGAAAAGAAUGGAUGGUAGCGUGAACUUUUACAGAGGAUGGGAUCAGUACAAGAACGGCUUUGGGCAUGCAGGUGGAGAAUACUGGCUGGGUCUUGAGACAAUUCAUCUACUCACGCUAAAGAAGAACUACGAGCUACGAAUAGAUUUAGAGGACUUUGAAGGAAACAAGGUCUAUGCAAAAUACAAAACCUUUGGCAUUUCUCCAAUGGCUAUUAACGCAGAACUGGAUGGCUACAAGCUGCAUGUGUCUGAUUUUGAAGAUGGUGGUGCAGGAGAUUCCUUGUCAUACCACAGCGGAUCAAAGUUCUCAACUUUUGACAAAGAUCAAGAUUCAAAUGAAGGAAAUUGUGCUGUUUUAUUUGUGGGAGCAUUCUGGUACAACUCCUGCUACAACUCCAACUUGAAUGGACUUUAUACAUGGGGACAAGACUUGCAAACUGGAAUGAACUGGAGGGCUUGGAAAGCCUUUAAGUCGGUGAAAAGUGUCUCGAUGAUGAUGAAACCUGUGAAUCUGGCCUAACCUUCAUGUCACAGGGAGGAAUUAAAAAAGAAAAAUACCCUACUGUCAAAAUUUUGUCUUCAAAGUUGACGUGUUAGAAGCAGGAAAAAUGGGGAAGUGUAAGGAUUUGAGCGAGUCUGACAAGGGCCAAACUGUGAUGGCUAGACGACUGGAUCAGAUCAUCUCCAAAACUGCAGCUCUGGUCUGGUCUGCAGUGGUCAGUAUCUAUUAAAAGUAUCCUUUAAGUCCUGUAAGUUGUGAGGUGGGGCCCAUGGAGGGCUGUUUUGGCAGCAAAAGGGGGACCAACACACUAUAAGGCAGGUAGUCAUAAUGUUAUGCCUGAUUGGUGUAUGUUUUUUAGUACUCAAUUUACUUGAUAAAAAUGCAUACAUCAGUUCCAUGUGAUUAAAUUAAGUAACAUUAAGAAAAUGAUUUUUUUUUGUACGAUUUGAUCACGUAUUUUCAAAGCCCUGAAUAAAACUGAACACCGAGCUCACACCUGAGCUGAGAAUUUUACCUCUGCACUAUUCUACCAAGUAACACCAUAGUUAGAGUUUUCAUCAGUGCCAACAUCCUUGUGAGAUUUCGCAGUGUAAUUAGUUUACAUUACUAUGUGAAUUGAUCACGCUCACACUACAUCAUUCAGUCCAGUCAUUACAAACUUAUUUAAAUGCAGUAUAAGCAAUCAAUUUUUAUGUAAGCUAUGUAAUGUUUUUUAACCCUUAUGUGCUGUUUGGGUCAAACUGACCCAUUUUAUAUUUUUAUAAAAAAUGUUUUGCAUUUGUUGGAAUAAUCUUUUGUUUCUUGUGCCUUCACCAUUGUUCAUCACCUGUAUUUGAUAAAUCAGUUAAAAAUAAUAAACUAUAAUUAAAACAUU